UCUGUCUCUCUCUCUGUCUCUGUCUCUCUCUCUCUGUCUCUGUCUCUCUCUCUGUCUCUGUCUCUGUCUCUCUCUCUGUCUCUCUCUGUCUCUCUCACACACACGUCCUCUUACUCGGAUGCUACAGCGGCCUCAGAAAGAUGUUUUAGCUGCAUGAAGCAGCCUGCUCGUGGCUUUCCAGCUGCCCGCAUCGCUCCGUGAACCUGCAACUACAGACUCACUCGGAUGGUAACAACAUGGUUAUGAGGGACACGUCGGCCUUUUGCACUUCAUACACUACAUCAGAUUUAUGGUAGAAAAGAAUAAUUUAAAGGUUGUGUGUGUGUGUGCAUGCGUGCGUGUGCGUGUGUGUGUGUGUUCUAAGGUGUGUUUAACUGAGGUGGUUUUAACCCGUUCUCGUGUCUCAUGUGUAAUGAGCUUAUUCUAAUCUGUCUGCUCCAGUGUUCCCAGAUUACAGUAAUCUGCUCCAUUUGGAGUAUUGUGAUAUGGGAAUAAAAAACAUGCCUUCAGGGUGCCAGAACCAACAUCCCAUAAUGCAGGAUUAGUUUUUAUGUUGUCAAGGAGAUGACUGGAUCCAGACGUCGAGUCCUUUUAGGGGUUGACAAGAAGAGUUAGCAAAAAGCUUCAAGACGGGAUUUCUGUUUCUCCUUCAUCGUUUACUUUCUUUACAGUAAUUUCUUUGCAUAAUCUCAGAGAUUAUUCCUCAAUAUUAGGUUUAUUCGGCUGUUGAGGCGCUGCUCCUGCCACAGAUACUUGCUGCAGGUGAAGUUUGCAAAACCCAGACUGCCUCCUACUGAGAAGUUCAGCAGCACAGCGGAUGCUGAGGAGUCGGUCCACAGGAGGCCUCCUUGCUCCGUCUCUGCUUUGUGGAUAAUUGCUCAUUCUUCGCUGUCACAAACCCCUUCUCUGUGUCCUAUUUUUGAGACCAGAUUUGAGCAUUCAGAGCUGAAAACCAGUUAAUUUUUGUGGCAUGAGGUAACAGGAUGUACACAGAUGUAAUCUGACCAAACAAGUCUGUGAUUACCACCUCUUCGUUUCACAUGAAAGCCACAUCAUCUGGAAAUGAUUUAACGGAUUCAUUAAUAUUAUUGUUGUUUUUAGAGGGUAUUUUCUGGCACUAAGGCAAAGAUUGUUAUGUGGACAGAAUAAUAAAAAAACAACUGUUACUUAUUGGGUCCUUUUUACUUUUGGACAUGGCUGUUGAAGUGUGUUUAUACGUUUCUAUUUCUGUUUUCUCUUGUGUUUGAGUGUAAUUUUAUACUCGUGUAACAAUCACAGAUUUUCACUUGUUUCAGUCCCUUAAAAACUUGAUUUUAAUCCCAGUAACUCCACAUUGAUGCACAUCACUGGUGCAGUAAUGCAGUUUAAAUGCUGAUCAAUCUGAAAAGAAGAAUUUUAAAAAGUGUAACUUUGACUAAAAUUAAUGUAGACUCUACACAUUUUAUGCUUUUUUUCCUGUAGAUUUUCACGCCAGCGCAGAAAUAAAUGAAGCCCACUUGAUGCCUGAGAUGGGAGAAUAAAACUCAUGAUUCUUCUUAGCAACUUUUACCACGGCUCUUUCUGCCGAAACUCCGUAAACUAACGUGAUCGUACAUUUAACUGUUGUUGGUCACUCACCCACAUUCAGAUAAGUUUUCAGGCCCUAACCGUCUAAACAGCUUAUGCUUAAAUAAUACAGCCUGAAAACAACAAACCCCAAAAAAUAAAAGCAAACAGAAGCUUUUGACAGAAAAUUGUUGCAGCAAAGUGCACUAUGUCAAUCCUACUUCAGACCUGAAAACAAACAGUAGAGGUCCUGGACUGAUGGCAUAAUCAAAUUCUGCAAACUUCUUCAUCUCAUUGACAACUAAAAUCUGAAAUUAUGCGCAAAAUGUAGGAAAUUUGGAUAGAAAUAAGUUUCUAACUCGGGAACAACUGUAGUGGCUUCAUGUACUCAUGCACAUCAACAAAAAACGUGUUGUCCCAAACUAGCAUCACUCCUCAAAUACCGUCAUGGCCUCUGAAGCUACCAUGUUGCCAUGGCAACAAGCUCAUCAGCAUUCAGUCUGCUAGGACAGAAGAUUGUUCAGAUGUGUCCUGCUGGUGAUUUGCACGCCUCUCCUGCAUUGUACAACACACGCCUGACUUAAACAAGUAAAUGGUUCUUUGUUUUUCUUUCCUCUGUUGUAGAAAUUCUUAUUUUCUAUGUUUUAAUCUUAUCCAUGAAGAGAUAAUCAGUUGGUUUAAAUUAAUAUUUAUUUGCAGCAGCCAUCAGUUUCUAAGAGCCAGUCGUGAUUGUGCAGCACAAAGUGAGAAAGUGUGCAGGUGUGCUGACACCUGCCUGGUUGUUUAGACUUUAUUAUAAAUGUGUUUGGUUUCAAAAGAAUAAAAGGGUGGAAAAGGCUGACUCUGUGCUGUUAUUGCCCUAUAAAAAAAUAAUUCCUUUUAUUAGAAUGCACUGAAGUAAGUAGGAACCUGAGGGUGCAGCAGCUGUGGGUUUUAUGCUAACGUCCUAGCCAGGGGGCGUGGUCAGGAUGCACCUUAGAUGUUAUGCUAAUAUCCUAGCCAGGGGGCGUGGUCAGGAUGCACCUACGAUGUUAUGCUAAUAUCCUAGCCAGGGGGCGUGGUCAGGAUGCACCUUAGAUGUUAUGCUAAUAUCCUAGCCAGGGGGCGUGGUCAGGAUGCACCUACCAUGUUAUGCUACUAUCCUAGCCAGGGGGCGUGUUCAGGAUGCACCUUAGAUGUUAUGCUAAUAUCCUAGCCAGGGGGCGUGGUCAUGAUGCAGCAGCUGUGUUUUAUGCUAAUGUCCUAGACAAGGGGGCGUGGUCAGGAUACACCUUGGAUGUUAUGCUAACAUCCUAGACAAGGGGGCGUGGUCAGGAUGCAGCAGCUGUGUUUUAUGCUAACGUCCUAGACAUGGGGGCGUGGUCAGAACGCAGCAGCUUUUUGUUUUAAGCUAAUGUCUUAGACGGGGGCGUGGUCAGGAUGCAGCAGCUGUGUGUUAUAUGCUAACGUCCUAGACAUGGGGGCGUGGUCAGGACGGGGGCGUGGUCAGGGAGCUGAGGUCUUCCUGCUAACAUGAACACGUGGUUCCGUCUGCCUUCCUGCUUCUCUGUCGGCGUGUGAAGGUUUUCCAGCCUGACUCCUCUUUUUUCUCCUCCUCCGACACCAGGAGCGGACCUUCUCCCGUCUGCUUUUUAUUUCGCUCCUCCUCCUCCAGCUCCUGCCAGGCUGCCUCCGUUCUCUGUGACGUGUCCCGGUUAUACAGACAGCCAGGCCGCUGUCCCUCCAACGUGGAUCCCCUCCGGCUGAACGUGUGUGCGCGAGAGAGUGAAUAAGUGUGUGCGCGCGCGUGCGUUUCCUCCUCCAACACCGAUCUGUCCUCCUUAACCCCCCACCCUCCUUCUCUCUCCCUCCCCCUCUCUCACCUAAUUCCUCGGUCAUGACGCUGGAAGCGAUCCGCUACCGGACCGGGUCCCUGCAGAUCCUCAACCAGCUGCUGCUGCCUCACCAGACCGUUUACGAUGACGUCCGCUCCGUGCAGGACGCCUACGAGGCCAUCAAGACCAUGAAGGUUCGAGGAGCCCCUGCCAUCGCCAUCGUGGGCUGCCUCAGCCUGGCUGUGGAGCUGCGAGCGGGUGCUGGGGGUGAUGACCCUGUUACCUUCAUUAGGGAGUCUCUGUGUCAUCUGACUUCUGCCAGGCCCACUGCCGUCAACAUGGGCCGUGCUGCACGCGAGCUGAUGGAGUUUGCGGAAAAUGAGAGUAUGGAGAAAAACUCGGAGCAGCUCAGAGAAAGUGUAAUUGCCUGGAUCGAAGACAUGCUGGAGCGUGACGUCAAUGACAACAAGAAGAUUGGUAACUACGGAGCUCAGCAUAUCCUCUCAGGCGUCCCAAGGGACUCUGUGACUAUCCUCACACAUUGCAACACCGGCUCACUGGCCACGGCUGGAUACGGGACCGCGCUGGGCGUGGUGAGAAGCCUGUACACUCUGGGCAGGCUGAAGCGUGUUUACUGCACGGAAACAAGGCCAUACAACCAGGGGUCCAGAUUGACAGCGUAUGAGAUGGUCGCUGAGGGAAUACCUGCUACCCUUAUUACAGACAGCAUGGCCGCCCUCACCAUGAGAGAAAUGGACAUCACAGCCGUGGUUGUAGGUGCUGAUAGGGUGGUUGCCAAUGGUGACACAGCCAACAAGGUGGGCACAUACCAACUGGCCAUUGCUGCUAAGCAUCAUGGGAUCCCUUUCUACAUAGCUGCGCCCAGCACAUCGUGCGACCUGAGCCUGGAGAGUGGCAGGGACAUCAUCAUAGAAGUGCGCCCUCCAGAGGAGCUCACCAGCAUAAACGGGGUUCCUAUCGCUGCCCCAGGCAUUGAGGUGUGGAACCCGGCCUUUGACGUGACCCCUCAUCAGCUCAUCACAGGGGGGAUCAUCACAGAGCUGGGGGUCUUCCUCCCCUCAGAGCUCCAGGCAGCGCUCACCGGUCGCCUCACAGCCCUCUAAGGCACCCGGUGCCCCCAGCAGGGGCGGACUGGCCAAACACAUGGCAGCGGACCGGCAGCCACCCACCCCCACCCCUGCUCUGACAGCCAGAGGGAAGAAGAACAUUUCUGCGUUCCUCCAAUAUCUUGGAAAAUAUCCAAAUAUUCUUGAAAAUUUCUGACUAACUCAGAGAAUUUUGGCGUAUUUUUUGUGUGUCAAAUCAAAAUAACUGUUGCGUGUUUUUAAGCCUGCUGUCGUUUAUGGUUAUCGCUUCAGAUGAUCUAAAAGAGUCAGAUAAAUACCGUGGGUUUGGGUUAGUCCCAAACAAAAACAUGAGACUGCUGUCAUUUACACUUCAACUGUGAGAGAGUGAAGAAAAAUUCAGGACCACUUGGUAGGAAUUUUAAAGAAAAUAAUUAUUACUUUGCUCCUGCAAACAAGCAAGAAUUCAGUAGAUUAAAGACCAGUAAGGCACAGCUAAUGCAGACAUGUCUGUGUAUGGCUACAAAAAUUCCCAUAAGAACAUUUAACUGUUAAAACCACAUAUUUUUACGUUAACAUCCUGCAGGAAGGAGAUGACUGUUUAGUUUUAAAGGCACACUUGGCAGUUUUGAACCUUAUCUCCUUGCUGUGCUUUUGUCUUUUUAACACCUUGAUCUAGCAGCUGAAACGUCUCCCAGCCUUCAUUAGUGUCUACAGCAGCGAU